AUGAUGAAAGUCAAGACUUUCUCUCUGAUGCUGUUGCCUCUGUUCUUGGUAAUGGUGAGCAGUGCUAUGGAGGAGGCUCACUUCAGGUCUCACCCCAAAGUUGGUGGCCCCUGGGCUCGAGGACAGCGCUAUGCCGAGGGGACCUUCAUUAGUGAUUACAGCAUCACCAUGGAUAAGAUCAUGCAACAGGACUUUGUUAACUGGCUGUUGUCCCAGAAGGGGAAGAAGAACAAUUGGAGACAUAAUAUCACUGAGAGAAAAGCUGAUGGUACAGGAUUAACAAACCAAGCCAACUGGAACCUAAAGAACAUGGAAAACUGGAGCAACCUGUUUAAGGACUCCUCCCCAUCUGAGGAUCCUAAGAAUAAGAGAAUGAAGGAAUUGGCACUGGCAUGGUUGAUUUUAUCCUAA